AUGCAGUUCUGCAGUACUCGGGGUGGGGUCCAUGGAUGGGACUUCCAGCAGGUGCUUUUCUCCGGUUUUGCUCCAGACGGAGGGAUGUUCAUGCCUGAAAGUGUUCCUGUGCUGAGCCCCGAGACCCUGAGCAGCUGGGGGGGGCUGAGCUACACCGACCUGGUGGUGGAGGUGGCCUCUCUGUUCAUCCCCCCCCAUCUGAUCCCCAGAGAGGACCUGGAGGGGUUAGUUAAUGAGGCUCUGAGUGGAUUCUCAGUGCCCGAGGUGGUGACUGUCGCCCGGCUGAAGGACGGUCUGUCGGUCCUGGAGCUUUUCCACGGAGAAACCUUAGCCUUUAAGGACCUGGCGAUGACCUGCACCGUGCGCUUCCUCGACUACUUCCUGCAGAAACAGAAUCGCAGAGCUACAGUCAUUGUGGGAACAUCAGGAGACACGGGGGGGUCGGCCAUCCAAAGUGCGAAGGGUCUCAGAGGACUGGACGUUCUGGUGGUUUUUCCUCGAGGACGCAUCACUCCAGUCCAGGAGAAACACAUGAUCACCUGCCUGGAGGACAACGUGCACGUGUUUGCAGCUGACGGCAGCUCAGACGACAUCGACCAGCCUCUGCGUCGCCUUUUUGCCGACCAGGAUUUGGUGCGCGCUCACGGCCUGAUGAGCCUGAACUCUGUGAACUGGUCCAGAGUCAUGGUGCAGCUCGCUCACUUCAUCUACGCCUACCUGCAGCUCAGCGGGGUCCAGCAGGCGGAGGGAGAUCUGCCUGAACUGGAGGUGGUGGUUCCUACUGGGGGGGCGGGCAACAUCGCAGCUGGAUACAUUGUGAAGCAGAUGGGAUUGCCUCUGAAACUGGUGGCCAUGGUGAACUCUAACGACAUCGUUCACAGGACGGUAACCAAAGGGGACUUCUCCAUGGCGGAUAAUGUCAAACAAACGUUAGCCCCCGCUAUCGACAUCCAGGACCCGUACAACAUGGAGCGGGUGUUCUGGCUGCUGCUGGGCAGAGACGGAGCUUCAGUGAAGAAGAUGAUGGAGGAGUUUCAACAAUCACACAAACACUCUCUGCCAGAAAACCACCGCAAACUGCUGUCCCAGGUGUUAUCCACUGGAUCAGUGAGUGAUGAAGGCAUCCUGGAGACCAUGAGGAGGUGCUGGGAGGAGAACCAGUAUGUCCUCUGUCCUCACUCUGCUGUGGCUGUGUGGCAUCACUACCACUGUCCCCACAAACCCACCAUCAACAGGUGUUACAUCGCCACAGCAUCUCCAGCCAAGUUCCAGGCAGCCGUGCAGAGGGCAGGUCUGACCUUUGACCUCCCGGAGGCAGUGCUGGCGUUGGAUGAGCUGCCGACCCGGUACCAGAACCUGGAGCGGAGCGCAGACUGGUGCAAAGACUGGGAGGAGAGCCUGAGACAGAAAAUACAGUCUGUGAGCUCAUCCAGGAAAAACUGAGGGACUUAAAGCUGUUGACUCGACGCCACCCUCUUGCACCUCCUUUUCCUCAUAUCCAGGGUCAACUCAAAUCACUCCCUUCAAGACCGGUUCUCCGACAAAACCCUUCAUCCCUCCUCCUCACAUCAUGCUCGGUUUCCCCUUCCCCGGAUAUAUUUCAGCACGAUGGGGGCUAAUAAUAGCAAAACACUAUUACAUUAAUCUCAGCAAUAAAUACAAAUCAAAACAAAGUCUCUCCUGAUUGAACUACAGCUGAAGAAAUGUGUAACUAGAAAACUUGACUGGACAUAGAUCUGAGAAAGGGUGUGUCAGCUGGUCCUUGAUCUGUGUGCUUUGUUAUCUGGAUGUAGUAAAUGGUAAAAGUGAGUGCCUCUUUGAUGGACUUUGGUCUGUAGUGUCGUACGAUUUGUUUUCGUUUAGUGAUGUCAUCAAAGACUAACCAAUCCACUCUCACUAUGCUGAGUCUCUGAGUCUUCAUUCCAAAACUGUAAUACAAUUGUUUUGAAUGAUAACAAAUAAAAUAAAACUUUCGUUCUAAUUGCA